AGGGUACAGCCUACUAUUUAGGGAGGACACAGGUGCACAGCAUUAGGGAUUGGGAAUCACCAGAGGGAAGCCACACAGUUUUUCAACCGUGCGUGUUUUCGCUUAUUUUCUGUUUGUUUUGAGUUAAUUUCAGUUUAUUUCUUUAUCACAGUUAGUUGUUUAGUUAUCAGUUAAACACCCGGCUCUUGUUUUGCUGUCAUCAUCCUGCAAUCCAAAUAAACAUCUUAAAUGCACUCAAAGAGAAGACCUGAUUUGCUGUCAACACCACGCGUCUGGAAAAGCUUCACACCAUAUCCCUCACCGGCAAAUAUUUGUUGUUCGGUUGCCUUUACAUUUGUUGAAAAACUCGCUUCCAAAGACGGAUGGACAGAGGAGGACAGCGCUGUAUUCAUUGACUUUUCCCGACUUAAAUCCAUGUUACGCACCCGCAAGAGGAACGGGGACGGACCAAACAUCAAAGUCACGGUAGGAGUAUUUAUGAAUGAAUAAAAGGUUGCGGAGGAGAGUGGCCUUCACGCAACGGGAUACAGGCAAAUCCCAUAAAGUAAUUAUAAACAAAGCCUCCGUGGAUUGCUAAAUAAUGGCCAUGAGUAACGAGGAAAAUCAGGAAAUGAACGCAGAAAUGAACGCUGCUGUCAAUCAAACUGAAAAGGAGGAUGGGCUUGGUAAAAGGACAGCUAAACUCACAUAUAAAGCAGCGGAAGCAAAGAUAUUAUCUAUGCAAAAGGAUAGGAACUCUGGGAUAAAGCAAUUGUGUAAAAUGGCAAAGGAAUUCGAACAAAUGAUGAUUUCAGAUGGAAAUGUUUCUGACAUGCAAAUCAAACAUGAAAUGUUGUGGAAACUGUCUGGGGAAACUACAAGGUUGCAUGAGUCAUUAAAACCUUUGUUGCCUGAGGAUGAAAUGUUUAAACAAACGGAAUGGUUUCCAAAUCAAAUGCACAAUGUUAAAGGAGUAAUACACAAAAUGGAAAAAUGGGUCCAUGCAAACAGGGAGAAAUGCAUACAGGUUGUGGAUGAUGAAAAUGAUGUGUUACAUGCAAAUGAGGAGCUGGAUAAUAUUGGGCCAAAUGACAGUAUUGGUGACAAAACAAAUGUGUCAGGUGGAAGCUCUGGCCAUUCAAGGUCCUCAAGGUCAACAACGUGCUCUGCACGUAUCAAGGCAGAGGCUGAAAUGGCUGCGCUCCUGGCUUUGGAGGCUGCUCUCAAGGAAAAGCAUGAGCUGGAAGCUCAAGAGGCUCAAAUUAGGAAGAAAAGGGAAUUGCUUGAAGUGCAAAGUCAGAUUGCUGCGCAGACAGCAAAAGUCACAGUACUCCGAAACAGAGGGUCUGACAUAGGAGUCACAAAUGGAACAAAUUCAUAUGUGUCAAAACACGAGUCAGCUCUCAAACCCUCUGCUGUGCCAUUUGUUCCACAAACUUCAAGUUGUACCGUCCAUCAUCCACCAACAGGAGGCAGUAAAACUGCUAUGUCAAUGAAAGCACAAUUAUUGGAGCCAAACUGUCAAUACAAUCAUCCACCAACAGGAGGCAGUAAAACUACAAAACCCACUCAAUCACAUCAAAAUCCAUACAACCAGUACAAUCCACCAACAGGAGCUGCUAAAGCUGCAAUGCCAUUACAGUCUCAGCAGCUACAGGAUCCAUACAACCAGUUCAAUACUGCAGCUACAAUGCCAAGUGGAACAGGGGCACGGCGCAAAGAAACCAUUUCACAAGGAACCAGAUCAAAAACGUAUGCUUUAAAUCACAUCCCAAGCAUGCCUCAAAGGUCUUUGCAGUCAUAUCCCAGUGCAUAUACACAACAGCAAUGUAUCCAAGUCGAUGAGGACCAAGGCAGAAUGCCUCAAAGAUCUCGUCAGUCAUAUCCAACUGCACAGCCAUCACAGCAAUCAAACCAAAACAGGGAGGAACCGGACCAAGGCAAUAUUUUCACCAUCAUGCAAAAGCAAAACGACAUCACAGCAUUACUAGUGCAACAGCAGUCUUCAUUAUCAUUACCCCCAAGGGACAUACCAGUGUUUGAUGGAAACCCUCUUGAGUACAACUUAUUUGUCAGAGCUUUUGAAAAUGGAGUGGAAGGAAAAGCUGCUAGCAGUGUAGACUGCUUAUACUACCUGGAGCAGUACACUCGAGGGCAACCUAGAGAGCUGGUCAAGAGCUGUCAACACAUGCCAUCUGACAGGGGGUAUCAAAGAGCAAGAAUGCUUUUAGAAGAACGCUUUGGAAAUGAGCAAAAAAUAGCCACUGCAUAUAUGGAAAAAGCACUUGGAUGGGCACCACUGAAGUCAGAGGACAUCAAAGCCUUUCAAGCAUUUUCACUAUUCCUACGCGUCUGCUGUAACGCUAUGGAGGACAUAAGCUACAUGUCAGAAAUGAAUAUGCCAUCAAACAUACGUGCUAUAAUCAUGAAGUUACCAUACAAACUGAGGGAAAAAUGGAGAAACAUUGCUUUUGAACAUCAGGAGAGACGCCAUCGUCAAGCAGGUUUUAGUGACUUGGUCAAUUUUAUUGAGAGACAAGUGUCUAUUGCAUCUGACCCACUGUAUGGAGACAUUCAAGACACAGUUGUCUCAUUCUCAAAAUUCAAAGUUGGAAAUAAAGUGUCACAGGGAGAAGGAGAAAGGAAGCAGUUUCGCUACAUCUGUGGCAGCUGUUAACUCUGAAACUC